AUGCCCCAUUUCGAAAAAUCUACACCUCCACCAUUAUGGUCCUCAUUCCCCUCCAGUCAAAGAGAUAACUCCCUCCAAUCACCGUUGUCCACCACCCCGGAUAUGCCAUCAAUGGGUAACAACAAUACCUCAACACGCACCCGACUACGCGAGAGCAAGCUUUUCACAAUGAUGCGAAAACCUUCCAAGAAGGUCACGGCGUGGGACCCACCAGCCUACGACUCACAAGAUUGGAAAGCCCCCACCGUGACGAAUAGCUCAAGCUGUGACUUUGACUCCCGAUACGCCUUCCUCAAAGACUUCGACACGAUAUUCCUCGUGGAUGAUAGCUCCAGCAUGAGCGGGCCGCGCUGGCGCGAAGCCGAGGAGGCCAUCGCUGCCAUUGCCCCCAUUUGCACUCAAUUUGACCACGACGGAAUCGAUGUCUACUUCCUGAACCACCGCCGCGCAGCAACAGCCAAUACGACCGGCGCUUACACAAACAUCACCACAGCCGCGGAUGUCCAAGAAAUCUUCAAUAGUGUCCGACCUCGCGGUUCCACACCUGUGGGUAAACGCCUGCUGGAGAUCUUGACCCCCUACCUCCACCGCGUGGAGAUGAUGCAAGCCUCGCGGAACGCCGACGGAUCCCUGCGUGAUCCCUCGAUGCUGGUCAAACCGAUCAAUAUCAUUGCGAUCACGGAUGGCGAGUUCACGGAUGAUGCUGAGAGUGUCAUUGUGCAGGUGGCUAAGGCUUUGGAUCAUCCGCGAUGCAAUGCGUUGCCGUGGCAGGUCGGCAUUCAGUUCUUCCAGAUUGGCGAUGACCAAAGAGUGCAGCGAUAUUUGCAGGAGCUCGACGAUGAUCUUGGCAAAUAUUGCAGUGAAGCACGUCUGCGGGAUAUCGUUGAUACUGUGCCCUGGAGAGGGAAGAGGGGUCAGUCGUUGGAUGCGGAGGGCAUAUUGAAGUGUGUACUCGGGGCUGUGCACAAGAAGCUUGAUCGACGACAGAUUUAG